AUUAUAUAUAUUCCAUUUGGUGCUGUGUUGAAUAAAAUAAAAAACUAAAUGGAAGAUGUUUUGCAAAGUUGUUAGUAUUUAAGCUGCCAAUUAAGAACUCAAAGUCAACUAAGAGGUUUGCGGUUAACUACACGACCCACCGCCCACAGUGCACCCUUGGAGUAUAAUAAAAAUGGGAAAAAAAGUUAUUAAUAAUUAAAAACAAAAUUAAAAGAGUGGCAACUAAGAGCAGCGCUACACAGCUAAUUGCCUGUGUGCGCCAAUUUGUUCCGCUCGAUUUCUUGUCAACUGAGUGGGUGGCGGUGAACAAACAGAAGUGAAAAAAAUUCAGUUGACCUGUGAAAUUCGUUGAAGUGGAAAUUGACAUGGAAUUUGCAGAUCUGAUUAAAACGCCAAAAUUGGAUGGUGUGUUCUUACAUGACCAUACGCAUGCAACAGUCGAAGGUACGCUUUGUAUAACCGGUCAUCAUUUGUUACUCAGUGCAAGGCAGGAAAACAGUCAAGAACUAUGGUUACUGCAUAAAAAUAUCGACUGCGUUGAAAAAAAACCUUUUGUAGUACAAAACAUAAUAAUAGGUGGCCUUAUCACCUUAAAGUGCAAAGAUUUACGCAUUAUUUCUUUGGAAAUAAAAUUUGCUAAAGAAUAUUACAAUGUGGCGGCAUCGCUGGAGGCACUCUCUGCAUUGCACAACGCCGAAAUGGAGUACCCUUUCUUCUAUAGACCAAUGUACGCGAUAUUAGAAGAUGGUUAUACUAUGUUCAGACCGGAACUAGAGUUUGCCAAACUAAUAUCCGUCAACAAUGCCAAUAAUACAAAUGGCAUUGACAACGGUGGCUGUGAGUGGCGUAUUUCCAAUGUCAACAAAGACUUCAGUGUUUGCAAAAGUUAUGGCAUGACACUGAUUGUACCAAAAUCAAUUACCGACGAACAAAUAGUGCAAUCAUCUAUGUUCAGAGAUGGCGGACGAUUUCCUGUGCUUAGCUACAGACAUGACAAUGGGGCCACUCUGAUGCGUAGUGCUCAACCAAUUUCAAUACAGGGAAUAAAACGUUGUCGAGCUGAUGAAGCAAUUUUAAAUGUAGUUUUAGGACGUAGUAAAAAAGGUUUUAUAGUAGAUACUUGGGGAAAAGGAAAAUCAAAUACCGAAACCGAUCAACAUUAUUCACAAUGGAAGAAGGUAAAUCGAGCCAUCGGUAAUGUGUCUUCACCUUCAGCAAUAUUAGAUAGUUUUGUUAAAUUAAUAGAAGCUUGUAAUGAUGUAAAUUGCUCACCGGAUAAAUGGUUAUCACGCCUUGAAAGUAGUGGUUGGUUAACUUUGGUGUUAAAUUCAUUGAAUGCCGCUUGUGUUGUUGCACAAUGUCUGGACCAAGAGGGUAGCCCUGUACUGGUACACGGUGCCAAAGGUUUUGAUUCAACAUUAAUUGUAACAUCAUUAGUACAAAUUAUACUAAAUCCUGACUGCCGUACUGUAAGAGGCCUGCAAGCACUAAUAGAACGUGAAUGGAUACAAGCUGGUCAUCCGUUUGCUUCAAGACAUCGGUAUUCCUGCUACACACCACAGCAGAAUCGACCUAAAAAUUCUGGUGCUACAUUUACGCUUUUCCUAGACUGCAUCUAUCAAUUGUACAUGCAGUUUCCAUGCAGUUUUGAGUUCAGUACGCAAAUGUUAAUACUGCUCUUCGAACAUAGUUACUUCUCACAAUAUGGAACA